CGGGGAGCAGCUGGUGGGCGUCUAGAGGGCGAGGCUCGCAGAACCCUGGAGUGGAUUAACUGACUCAGAUAUUUAGUCCUGCUUCUCCCUGCGGAUUUCACUCCGCUGAGUGUAUGCUUCUUUGGAUGUAAAAUGGGGCAGAACAGCCUGCUUUGGGGGAUUAUUGUGCAGAUCAAAGGACAUAAUCCAGAAAACGCCACGCCCCGGACCUGGCACAGGGUCACUGCUCAGACUUCCCGGCCCCCUCUGAGCUGCAGUGAAGACCAACCCAGCACCCAGGGGCUCGCCGUCCCCUCUUCCCUUUCGCAGGCCUCCAGAACUUCUUUUUGCCUGCACUUCUCUGACUCAGCUUCCUGCCCAUGGGAGCUCCUAGGGUGUAGAUCCGAAUCCUCAAGGAGCUGGAAUCUUCCAUGCCUUGGCGAGAAUGAAGACCCAGGCUGGCCGGCAGCCCCGCCUGCUGAAAGCGGUCAAGAGGUGGCUCUUCCCGGCCUCCAGCGGCUUCCUCUUCCUGCUGUCCGUGGUCAUGACCGGCUGCUUCCUGUGGCAGUACCACCUCCCCAAGCUGCAGACUGGUUCCCUGGGACCAGACGUGACCUCUGCUCCCUUGAGGAUGUGUCCCCAGCACCCUGAACCUGUGCCCCUGGCUCAUCCGCUCCCAGUGUUGAAGGAGGCCCUGGAAAAGGUGGAUGCGAUCCUGAGCCAGGCCAUGUCGGCCCCAGGCCUGGCUGCCAUGUCUGCAGCUGUCGUCCACAACGACACCGUGCUCUGGACCGGGAACUUCGGGAAGAAGAACGGCUCAGACCCCAACUCGGGGACCCCCAAUGAGUACACCAUGUACCGGAUCGCCAGCAUCUCGAAGAUCUUCCCAGUCCUCAUGCUGUACCGCCUGUGGGAGGAGGGCACCGUGGCCUCCCUGGAUGACCCUCUGGAGCGCUAUGCCAGCACCUUCACCAUCCACAACCCGCUGGGCACAGCCUCAGGCCCCCAACACCAGGGCCUGAUGGAUGAGCUAGACGAGGUGGGCCCGGCUCCCAGGCCUUCGUCUGUCACCCUCCGAAGGAUGGCCAGCCAACUCUCAGGGCUGCCCAGAAGGCUGCGCUCCACGUCGCUGCUGUGGAGGGGCAGCACCCAGGAGGCCCUGAGCCUGCUCAAGGAUGACGUGCUGGUGGCCGACCCAGGAACUAGGUGCCACUACAGCACGCUGGCCUUCUCGCUGCUGGCGCACGUGCUGGCGGCGCACACGGCCCAGGGUGACUACCAGCGCUGGGUCUCGGAGAACGUGCUGGAGCCGCUGGGGAUGGCGGACACGGGCUUCGAACUCACGCCCGCGGUGCGCGCCCGCCUGGCCGCCGGCUUCUACAGCAGCGGCCGGCCGGCGCCGCUCUACGACCUGGGCUGCGCCCUGCGCCACGUGCGCGGCCGCGUCUUCCAGCUGCACGUGGCCCGCGAGUUCCCGUGCGCGCUGCCGCUCGGCGACGCCUGGCUCUCCCUGGAGACCCAGCACGGGCAGCUCGUCCGCUUCUACCCCUUAGACGCGCACGGGCUGUCCCCGGGCUUCGACGUGCCUGGCCUCAACACUUACCGGGUGCUGCGACUGCAGCGCAAGCCCGUGUUCAAGAGCCAGUGA